AUGACGAGACAAGGCCCGUUGACGGCUCAAGCCUUGGGCCGGUCGCCAUACGACGAUGUUGUCGAGGGUGAAGGCGAAGCCGAUCCUCGGGCGCCAGAGCAACAAUACGACAACCGCGGCCGACCGAUCAACCCCGAAACCAAGCGUAUGAACCGGGACAUGGUCCGAUCUCAUAACGAGGUCAUGCAGGUCAUAGGAGUCGCGGAGCCUGAUAACACACCCUCCGCGGCAGAGGUUGAUUCAGUGCGACGAUACUUCAACUAUGAAGAUGCCGUGGGCACUAGGCUCCUUCGCUUUGGGCGAGCACUGGAGAUUGGAGGAGUUUGGGGCAUCAACGGUAUGCGACUGCGCAUUCUUCUGUAUAAGCGCUAUGCAGACAUUUCAUUCUUCGAACUGCUCCAGAAUGAAAUCGGCAAUCGCUCGCUCGCGAGUGCCCUCGGUACUGGUUUACCGACCUUUCUGGGUGGCCACGUCUUCAAAAUGGCUACUUACUACCUCUAUCCCUUCCCAAGGAAGAACAGGUGGUUAAACAUGGGUCUAUCCUACAUCCGAGUACACCUCCAGCUCUACGUGUUUCUCCAACGCCUAGACAUCAUACCAUCCAGCAGAUGGUUCCCGUCACUGAGCUUCUUCGUCCCGGGAUCGCCUUCUUCGCCUAUUGCAGCGCCAGAACCGCCGAAGGACUUCAGCGUCGAGUCGUUAGCACAGUAUGCUUGCGCCUGGUGCAUCAACGCCGUUCCCUUUGUCUCGUUUGUUGUUUGGGGACAAAUUUGGACCGAAGUGACUGGUCAUCUGUGGCAAGAGUUCUAUGGGAGACUGCCAAACACAGUACAUCAUCGCAAGCCUCCCCCACCUCCCCCACCACCGGCGCCGAUCCCCGAGGUACCGGACCCAGAGCCGGAAAUUGAACAGCCCCAAGACGAAGCUAUUCCGGAGGUGCCAAUUGAGGCACUGGGCGGGGUUCCCCAAGAGCCCAAUGACGGUGCCCCAGUUCAGGCAGUCCGCCGCCAAAGCACAUUCUCAGCAAGAGGAGACGAGUAUGGAAGCGAUGAUGACGAGGAUGGAGGCGUCAGUGCAACACUGAUCAGCUUCGAUGUUGAAGCUACUGACUCCACCGAUGCGCCUCCAGGACUCUGGUCCGCAGAGCUUCGACCAAGCACAGUACCAGAUAGCGCCUACGGCCACGCCUCCGUGCAGUAUAUGGACACCAUGCUGACUAGGCUCCCUGCAUGCCUCGCAUCAGACAUUUUCACAGUCAUCUCUGGUUACGUGCUCGUGUCUCCGUAUGAGGCUCUUUCGCUCAGACUGGUCGCAAGGUCUUACAGGUCCAGGAUGGGGCUUCCUUUCGAUGAUAUCCAUGAGAUCAAUAUCUUCAGUGGUAUGACAUUGAAGGGCAUCACCAACUUUUUGGGGUUGGAGUUCCUGCACUUGGUAAUUGCUGGCGAACUUUGGACGAUCAUCACGUCCCUUGCCCAGUGGUUUCAUCUUACUGAAGAAGAGUGGAAGCUACUAAACGAGCUAGACGAGGCCGAAGCAGCCGAGGAACGAAGAAGACAACAAGAACAGUCCUAA